AUGAGCAGUAAAGGAGAAUCUUCAGGCAGUUCCAAGAGAGCAGCAAACAGGCUUUUUGUUGAAGAAGCCUUGGAUGGUGAUAUCUCUACCGUUUCACUCCAUCCUGAAACCAUGGAAACGCUUCAGCUUUUCGUGGAGACACGUGAGACUUGUCGGCCAGUGAGGAAAGGUGAUUUAUUCCUUGUAAGAGGGAAUUUGACCAGGGUGGAGUUCAAGGUCGUUGAAACUGACCCUGAAGAGUAUUGUAUCGUUGCACCUGACACAGAAAUUUUUUGUGAAGGGGAACCUGUGAGAAGAGAAGAUGAGGAGAGGCUUGAUGGUGUUGGUUAUGAUGAUGUGGGUGGAGUUAGGAAGCAGUUGGCUCUAAUCAGGGAAUUGGUGGAGUUGCCGUUAAGGCAUCCACAACUUUUCAAAACUAUUGGUAUCAAGCCACCAAAGGGAAUUUUGUUGUAUGGGCCUCCUGUUACUGGUAAGACCUUGAUUGCUAGGGCUAUUGCUAACGAGACCGGUUGUUUUUUCUUUUGUAGUAAUGGACCGGAGAUCAUGUCGAAGCUGGCUGGAGAGAGUGAAGACAAUUUGAGGAAAGCCUUUGCUGAAGCUGAAUAG